AUGUUUCCACGAUACAGUGUAACAUUGCGUGUUAUUAUUCUACUGAGUGUUAUUUGUAUCUCUAUUGCAUACGCUGAAAUGACACCAACAGAGUCACCUGAUGAAGACUUGGUAAAUUUUCAAUAUUUAUGUUAUAUGAAUGCUCCUUUCAAUCAGUUUCAUAAAAGAAGUUUCAAUUUCAGCAUUGUGGUAGAGUAUAGUUCACCAGCUGAAUAA